GGUGGGGUUCUGGCGGUGACAGGCAGCACCUCAAUGGAGACGGGGAAUGACUUCAGACCUGGGUGGAUUACACGGCCUGGCGAGCAGGACCUUGUGAUUAGCUCCACCAGCGCAACACACUAUACCGAUGUUGUUGGCGGGGCAGUUGUAGCAAAGAAUGGAAUUUGCUUCGCUUAGCUCCAAAAACGGUUGGCCGAUUGUCUCGGAUCUAUCCGAACCUCGGAGACGACAUCGUCGUCUGGAACUCAGUGCCUUCCGGGAAGCGAGACGACAACAUACCACGGAUCCGGCAGCGACAAGCUCCAACCAUGUUCGGUUUCGCCUCAAAAGGAAGCUCAGAUUAAUCCGAACUGGGAAGCCAGUACCCUUGAGAGAACAGCGGUCUGCGGAACUCGAACGGGUGGUCCAGGUUUCCAAAAACCUUGAUGGCGAAAUUCGGAUUCAUCCGAACCAGGACGACGUGUCCGCCAUGAUAGACGACCGGUGUCAGGACGUCGUAAUGCUGUGCAUGGAAGUCCACAAGGAGCUGCAGGCAGACUGUCCGACUGAGGGUGAGUUAGCGACAAGUUUCAAUGUCGAGCCCCGCACACUCGGAGCCGAAUGCCUAGUGACGGUACGCGCUAAGUUAGCAGUCUUAAGCGACUCUCCGGUGAAAGCGGACACGUCGUCGCCGUUGGAAACUGCGGGGGCUCGGAUGAAUCCGAACCAGGGCCCUGUGAGCAUGUCCCUCCCUGAUGCAGGUUUGGAGACGACCAUAAUUCGGAUUCAUCCGAGGCACACGGACGAAGGGCUUGAUGGUUGUCGACUUCUGACGACUUUGGACAAGGACGAUUCCGCCGACGACCGGAUUGAUCCGACACUCGGCGACGUCGGGAUGGAGCAACCAGUUCAGCCAGCAUACGACGACCCCUUGUACUCCGGCCUUCAAGACGAGGCGAUGGUAGAGGAGGUUCUGAAGAAGUCCUCUGACGCUGUUGGAGAUAGAUUUCUCUAUUUGAGUGAUGACGAUAAAGACACAGCGCAAGACGACAAGUAUUUAAGGGGGGAAGAGGUGUUGUUGGACAUCCAUGGGACCUUGAGCACAACACAAUGCGACACAGUGGCGACGGAGGAAACCCAACCUGUCGAUGUUGUGGAUGUCGACGCUCUUUGUCCGGAGAUGGACAUACUAAAAUUGCCCAUCGCGGACGUGGAGGAUUUCCGCCAUCGGGAUGGGGAUGAAUUCAUGCCGUCUCCGGUCAUCAACGCCGACAUCUCGAACCUGUCAAGUUUCCCUGUGAGUUUGGAGCACGUCGUCGCCGCGUCGACGCGCACGGGGGCGCCAAUCAUGUUGGGACUGCCAUCGGUGGGCUCUACUGACGUUGAAGCUAAGCCUGGGUUUCCUCGAGAUGGAAGAGAAGUCCUUGAAGACGUUAUCUGCUCCCGGUUGCCGCUCACUAUCAUCGUCUCGCGUUUGCCGUCGCACAAUUUACAGGUUUCCGUCAAGGACAUCGUCGCACUCGUGGAUGGAUCCGGGGAGCUCAACGAUGAGGUCGUCAAUUUCUACAUGGCGAUGCUACUGGACGACUGCGGACGGACUGCUGCUACCAAGAAGACGUACACCUUUAACUCUUUCUUCGCCUCUACACUGCUUCUGCAAGGUCCGGCAUCUGUUUGCAGAUGGGCUAAAGAUGUGGACCUCCUGUCUCAUGACCUCGUCUUGGCACCAGUGCACAAGGACGGCGAACAUUGAAGCCUUUUGGCCAUUGACUUCUCUAGACAUGUUUUGGAAAUCUAUGAUUCUUUCUCGUGUUCGUCAUCUUAAGAUGACUUCUACUUAGCACUUUUAGAUAAAAUCUGUUAAAUUUU